AUGGAAAAGGGGGACAACAGAUCGCGAAACAACACUGUUCUGACGAUCAACAUUUCAUCAAGCGUAUUUAGUGCCUUGUUAUUUCUAUUGGGUGGUGUGGUGAGCGCGAUACUCGUCUCAAACCUUGGAAUAUUUUUACCCACGCGAAAGUCAAUUAGUGGGACCGGCACAACCGAAUUGUCAACACUCCCAAACACUGAAGUUCAAAAGUUUGAUUAUGGCCUGCGAAAUUGGCCAGUAUCUGCAUCGCAGAAGUCAUCUGUUUCGCCAGAUGUUGCUGGUGAGGUGCAGGCUGCCGUCAAUCAAGCCUUAGAUGCACAAUCUAUUGGAAGGAAAGAGAAAGCUCAUAAACUAUUCCAACAUGCCUUGGCAUUAGAUCCAUCACAUGCAGAUACACUCAAUGCUUAUGGAGAAUUCAUUGAAGAAGAAGAUAUCAUCAAAGCAAAUCAUUUCUACUCCUGUGCUCUCAUCUCAAAUGAUUCUCAUUCUAAAGCUCUUAUGAAUCGGGAAAGAACAUCCGCAGCAGUGGCUGAGAUUGAUAAGAGAAUGUUUGCUAAGGUUGAUGAGAAGAGAGAACAACUAGGUCUCCAGAUCCCUGACAAUAAUGGUGCUCUUCAAAGAGCUCAAGAAGAGUUCUACUAUCUUCAGAUCUAUCACACUACUGCUAUAGAAGGCAACACCCUUUCAUUGGAACAGAUGAGGUCUAUUAUGGAGACCGGGUUAGCUGUUGGUGGGAAGAGCGUUAUGGAACACAACGAGGUACUUGGUCUAAACCUUGCACUACAGUUCAUCAACAACACUCUCAUGCAUCGCUUUGGGAAGAUCACCGUUGAUGACAUCCUUCAAAUACACAAACGCGUUCUUGGUCACGUUGACCCCUUAGGGGCAGGGAGUCUACGCACCACACAGGUGUUUGUUGGAGGUUAUAUCCCGCCCCCUUCGGUUGAAAUCAAUGACCUAAUGGAUGAUUUUGUUGAGUGGAUGAAUUCAGAGGAAGCAUUGUCUCUACAUCCUGUGGAAUUUGCUGCAUUAGCACAUUAUAAAUUUGUUUACAUUCAUCCUUUUAUGGAUGGUAAUGGAAGGACGUCACGUCUCUUAAUGAAUCUAAUCCUGCUACGAACUGGUUAUCCACCAGUUAUUGUUAAGCUAUCUCAGAGACAGCAAUAUUAUGAAACCAUAAAACAAGCUAAUGCUGGUGAUAUCAGACCAUUUAUUAGGUUUAUAUGUAAUUGCCUUGAUGAUAUGUUGGAUGCUUAUCUAUGGUUAACUUCAGACUCUCCGAGUAGCCUUCCAGAAAUAGAAGAAGGGAAACGGUUGGUCACUGAUUUGUGAUGAGUAUUAUGUUUUGACAUCCACAGGGUUUGUAGUGGUCCGGGAUAUCGACAGUACCUUUUUCAACCUAAAGUCAGUUGAAAAUCAGGGAAUUAGGAAUUUGCAAAUUAUUUAUUUGAGAUAUUUUGAAAUUAUUGGUGGUGUGGUCAUCUGCAAUCCUUAUGAUAUUGAUAUUUCUGAAUUGUAGAAAUUUUUUUGAUAUAUCUUCUGCUGUGCCAUAGUAAUGAAAAGUUUUAGUAACUUUUAACAUUUGUGAUUUUUGAUUUCCUUGUAAUUGUAAUUCACAGAUUAUAAAAGACAUUGAUAGCAACUUGCUAGUUAUAGCCCAGCGCACACUACACCUUCUAUUACAAUCCAGUUUCACAGAAAUCAUAAUCAUAACAUUCCAACAUACAGGUUUAACAAUCAAAUUUUGAAUAGUGGUAUCAAAUACUAUACUUUAAAUUCAAAGUCUACAUGUAUUUUUAUUCUCUCAGUAGGAAUAAAAGCAAAGUUGGAUUGAUUUCAAUCGUAUUGACGUUGUAGUCGGCUGUGACUUGAAGCCGAUUUAGAUUUGACUUUGAACACAGGGUUUGCAGAAUUCUGUUUUUAUUAUUCCUAGUAUUAUGCUGAAAAUCCAAUGGAAUAAUACAAUCCCUCAGAGCAUAUACACAUGUUUCAAUGUUUUUUUUUUUUUCACCUGCAAGAGAAGUGCUCAUUUUGGCUUGCAUGCAGCUUGAGUGCCGUGAUGAGCGAGUUAUUUGUUUUAUCAUGAAAUACACUUUUGGGGAAAAAAUACAUUUUUUUAAAUCACAGAAUAAAGUUUUUCAUUCCCAGAGGUUAGCAGGUGUGCGUCACAGUAAGAUUGUGUAGUGUGCGUCAGGCUUUAUAAGGUCUAUUAUACAGUACUUCCAAACCUCUCUCAAUCAAACCUACCCUGCUAUUUUGGUUAACAAACUAGUUCUAUGGAGUGGGAUUUUACUCAAUUAGCUGCUCAUUGGCUUUCUA